AAAGUGUGUGUGUCUGUGCGUGUGCGCGCCGUUGGAAUCUGACAGCACGUUGGAGCUGCGUUUAAGAAAAGCUCAGCUCUCUCAGUUUUGUGCCCGUCUUAUUGCCGCUCUCAUUGUCUUUGUCGACAGUGAUAAAGAGAGCAGUUCAAACCAGGGGCCUGUUUUUGGAAUAAGAACAAGCAUUGCUGUUUUCUGACUUUGAGGGAAGAAAGAAGGGACUCCUCUGGAAUUUCCUAAGGAAUUUAUUCGGAUAGCUCCGUUACCGGGGCUUUGCAUUCUACCGCCUGGGUAUAUAAUGUGACCAACUAUUCCACACUAGGGAAAUUCUGAGGAGUUCUGUUCUUUCAUCACUCUGGUUCGAGGCAGCAAUCGCGAUCAAUUAUUCCAAACUGGUGGGGGCAAAGGGGGCAUUAAUUAGACCGGUGUGUCGGCGAGGUAAAACUGCAGCAUCGGGCAGCAUGUUGGCACCUGCAUGAACCCGGCAGAGAAGCCUCAGUUCUUGUUCUCUUUCCUGAGACAUCAACCACAGGAUGAGGCCUGCGGCAGGUCUCAGGAGAGAGAAUGUUCCAUGACUUUCACACCUUCGACCUCACGCUCUUGAACUGUUGGAAAGGUUGCUUGAGUGCAGAAAGGCUGUGAAUACCCUGCAUCUGAGAAAUCAGACCAGACUGACUCACAGGGCUCUGUGAGCCAGUGCCACCGAGGCUGCCAAAGCAUGCUGGUGCCAAGCUGUCCCACCAUGCACAGAGCCAGACCCACGCUGCUGCUGCCGCUGCUGCUUGUCCUGGGUCUGCUACUCCACCUCGCCGACGCUCAAACACCACCAAAGUUUUUAAGAACCCCCAAUGACCAAACAGGCGUGCAAGGAGGUGUGGCAUCCUUUAUCUGCCAAGCUACAGGAGAUCCACGGCCGAAGAUUGUGUGGAACAAGAAGGGGAAGAAAGUCAGCAACCAGAGAUUUGAGGUGAUUGAGUUCGAUGACGGCUCUGGUUCAGUGCUAAGAAUUCAGCCAUUGCGCACGCCCCGAGACGAAGCCAUAUAUGAAUGCGUCGCCUCCAACAGUGUUGGAGAGACAAGCGCUACCACCAGACUCACUGUUUUACGUGAGGACCAGCUGCCCCCUGGUUUCCCCACCAUAGACAUGGGCCCACAGUUGAAAGUGGUGGAGCGAACACGCACUGCCACCAUGCUCUGUGCUGCCAGCGGCAACCCUGACCCAGACAUCUCCUGGUUCAAAGACUUCCUCCCUGUCAACACCACCAACAACAAUGGACGCAUUAAACAGCUCAGAUCAGAAUCCUUUGGUGGUACACCAAUAAGAGGAGCCCUCCAGAUAGAGCAGAGCGAAGAGUCUGACCAGGGGAAGUAUGAAUGCGUGGCCACCAACAACGAUGGAACCCGCUACUCUGCUCCAGCAAAUCUUUAUGUCAGAGAGCUGCGAGAAGUGCGCCGGGUGCCACCACGAUUCUCCAUUCCACCUACAGACAAUGAGAUCAUGCCGGGCGGCAGUGUCAAUAUUACAUGUGUGGCAGUGGGCUCUCCCAUGCCAUAUGUCAAGUGGAUGCUGGGUGCUGAGGAUCUUACGCCAGAGGACGAUAUGCCCAUUGGACGGAACGUCUUGGAGCUCACUGACGUCCGGCAGUCGGCCAACUACACCUGUGUGGCCAUGUCAACACUCGGGGUGAUUGAGGCUGUGGCACAGAUAACAGUCAAGGCAUUGCCCAAGGCUCCUGGCAUUCCUGUCGUGACAGAGCGCACAAGCCACCAGCUAACAUUGACGUGGGACUCUGGUAAUCCUGAACCGGUGUCCUACUACAUCAUCCAGCAUAAGUCUAAAUACUCCGAGGACUUGUACAAGGAGAUUGAUGGUGUAGCCACCACGAGGUACAGUGGGGGCCUCAGCCCCUACUCUGACUACGAGUUCGGGGUGGUGGCGGUAAACAACAUCGGGCGGCCACCCAGCGAGAGCAUGAGGCCAAAACAGCUGAGGCAGGCACCCAGCACGGCACCGAGGGCAGGUCCGAGGUCAAUGAUGAGCGCCACCACAGCUGUUAUCCAGUGGGAUGAACCUGAGGAGGCCAACGGUCAGAUCAUGGGCUACCGGGUCUACUACACAAUGGUCGCCCAACAUGUCAACCUCUGGGAGAAGCAGAUUGGAGGGUCUAACUUUGUCACCAUCCAGGGCCUCAUCCCCAACAAGACCUACUACAUCAAAGUUCUGGCCUACACCUCAGUGGGAGAUGGACCGCUUUCUCAGAUCUUCAGAUCAUUGCCUAAGACCGAGCACAGACUGUGGACAAGAAAUCAGUCAGCCGGAUACGAAACUAUGUACAGAAAGAGAGAUGACAGAGACGAGAAACGAAUCAGCUUUGAGCCGACAACCACAUACCUGCUGAAGGACUUGAAGCCGUUCACGACUUAUACUUUUCGGCUGGCUGCUCGUAGCAAACAUGGAGUCGGAGCUUACACCAGCGAGAUCUCUGCAGAAACUCCACAGACACAACCUGCAGGCCCACCUCAAGAAGUCAAGUGCUCUAGCCCCACCUCCACUAACAUCCUGGUAAGUUGGCGGCCACCCCCAGUGGAAUUACAAAAUGGAAUCAUAACGCAAUACACCAUCCACUACGCCGCAACUGAAGGGGAGGACACUACCGCUCGCCAAAUCCCCAGCAUCCCUCCGGAAAUCACCGAGUACCUUCUGGAAAACUUGGAAAAAUGGAAGUACCGUGUGACAGUCACGGCUCAUACAGAUGUUGGAGCAGGACCGGAGAGCCUGCCACAGCUCAUCCGCACAGAGGAGGAUGUUCCUAGUGGGCCACCUCGUAAAGUUGAGGUGGAGGCUGUCAACUCCUCAUCAAUUAAAGUGAUCUGGCGUUCACCGAUGCCCACCAAGCAGCACGGUCAGAUCCGAGGGUACCAGGUGCACUAUGUCAGGAUGGUUAAUGGGGAGCCCACAGGACAGCCAGUCAUCAAGGACAUCCUGAUUGAUGAUGCCCAGUGGGAAUAUGAUGAUUCAACUGAACAUGAAUGAUCAUCACAGAGCUGCAGGCUGAGACCACAAUAUUCAGUUACGGUGGCAGCCUACACGACAAAAGGCGACGGAGCGCGCGGCAAACCCAAACUGAUCACCACCACUGGCGCAGUUCCUGAUAAACCUCGGCUUAUGGUCAGUACAACCACUGGCACAGCUCUCCUCCAGUGGCAUCCCCCAGCAGUAACCCACGGGCCCCUGCAAGGCUAUCGCCUUCGCUUUGGUCGGCAAGAUGUGGAUCCGCUGACUGUCAUUGAGUCUGAACGAGAGAACCACUACACAACCAAAGAGAUUCAUAAGGGAGCCUCGUACAACUUUCCGCCUUUCAGCACGCACAAGUGGGGCUUUGUGAAGAGACAGUCAAAGAAGUCACAACGAAUGAGGACGUUCCAAAGCGGCUACCCUCAGAGCAUCACAGCUGAGGGGCGCCACCACCUCCACAUUCAGGUCAGCUGGCAACCUGUUAUGCUGGCGGAGCGAAACGGCCAAAUAGUGAAAUACGCUCUGCAGUAUAAGGACAUCAACAGCCCACGCAGGCCCCUCGAACUCUUCAUCACCGCCCCAGAAUCAACAGUCAUCCUGGAUGGUCUUAGGGCAGAUACCACUUAUGAUAUUAAAAUGUGUGCCUUCACCAGCAAGGGCUCUGGUCCCUAUAGCCCAAGUGUCCAAUUCAGGACACAGCCUGUGGAUCAAGUGUGCAAAAAUUUUCACGUAAGAGCUGCCAUGAAGACAUCAGUGUUGCUGACAUGGGAAAUUCCUGACACCUACAACCCCGCUCAACCUUUCACUAUUCUCUACGACAAUGGGCAAAGUGUGGAGGUGGAUGGGAAGUUAACGCAGAAGCUGAUCACCGGUCUUCAACCUGAGACACAGUACUCCUUCCUCCUGACUAAUCGUGGAAACAGUGCCGGAGGUCUGCAGCAUCGUGUGUCCACCAUGACAGCCCCUGACAUCCUCCGCACCAAGCCCUAUCUGAUCAGCAAAACCAACUCAGACGGGAUGGUGACUGUGGAGCUGCCAACGGUGCAGACAUCUGAGAGAGUAAGGGGGUAUUAUAUUGUAGUUGUACCUCUGAAGAAGCAACGCACUGGCAAGUUUUUCAAGCCGUGGGACAAUCCAGAUGAGAUGAAUUUAGAGGAGCUGCUGAAGGAGAUAAACCGAACGAGCAGAGGCCUUCGGUUUCAGCGGCAGGCAGAACCUAAAGCCUAUAUCGCUGCUUACUACAAAGACCUGCCCAAAGACUUCACCCUGGGAGAUGGCAAGAUGUACGGGGACUUUGAAAACAAGCAACUCGAGACUGGCCAGGAAUAUAUCUUCUUUGUGCUUGCGGUUCUGGAGAUGUCUGAGAAUAUCAUGUAUGCAACCAGUCCGUACUCCGACCCGGUUGUUUCAGCCGACAUCCCACCCCAGCCAGUCAUCGAUGAGGAGGAAGGUCUUAUCUGGGUGGUGGGCCCUGUCCUGGCUGUCGUCUUCAUCAUAUGCAUCGUCAUUGCCAUCCUUCUUUACAAGAGCAAACCAGACAGAAAAAGAGCAGAAUCUGAAGCUAGAAAAGGUAGUCUCCCCAACAGCAAGGAAAUGCCGCUUCAUCAUCCCACUGACCCUGUUGAACUACGACGUCUCAACUUCCAAACGCCCGGCAUGGCUAGUCACCCUCCAAUCCCCGUCAUGGACUUAGCAGAUCAUCUAGAGCGCCUGAAAGCCAAUGACAACCUCAAGUUUUCACAGGAAUAUGAGUCCAUCGACCCUGGUCAGCAGUUCACAUGGGAGCACUCCAACCUUGAGGUCAACAAACCAAAGAAUAGAUAUGCCAACGUGAUUGCCUACGACCAUUCCAGAGUCUUACUCUCUGCUAUUGACGGUAUCCCUGGAAGCGACUAUAUAAAUGCCAACUACAUAGAUGGCUACAGGAAGCAGAAUGCCUACAUUGCCACUCAAGGAUCUCUGCCAGAGACAUUUGGUGAAUUCUGGAGGAUGAUCUGGGAGCAGAGGAGUGCCAUCAUUGUCAUGAUGACCAAACUGGAGGAGAGGUCCAGGGUAAAAUGUGACCAGUACUGGCCUACAAGAGGGACUGAAACAUACGGUCUCAUUCAAGUGACACUCCUCGACACAGUAGAGCUGGCCACAUACUGUGUCAGGACAUUUGCACUUUUUAAAAACGGCUCCAGUGAGAAGAGGGAGGUGAGGCAGUUCCAGUUCACGGCCUGGCCAGACCACGGGGUACCGGAGCACCCCACUCCGUUCCUGGCCUUCCUGAGACGGGUGAAGGCUUGCAAUCCUCCAGAUGCAGGGCCCAUGGUGGUACACUGCAGUGCUGGGGUGGGACGCACAGGUUGCUUCAUCGUGAUUGAUGCCAUGCUGGAACGGAUCAAGCACGAGAAGACUGUGGAUAUCUACGGGCAUGUGACGCUAAUGCGUGCCCAGCGCAACUACAUGGUGCAGACAGAGGACCAGUAUGUCUUCAUACAUGACGCGCUCCAGGAGGCCGUCAACUGCGGCACCACCGAAGUGCCCGCCAGAAACCUAUACGCCUACAUCCAGAAACUGACCCAGAUAGAGGGUGGAGAGAAUGUCACUGGCAUGGAACUUGAGUUUAAGCGUUUAGCUAACACUAAAGCCCAUACAUCACGAUUCAUCAGUGCCAAUCUCCCCUGCAACAAGUUCAAGAACCGCCUUGUUAACAUAAUGCCAUACGAGUCCACACGAGUGUGUCUUCAGCCCAUUCGAGGAGUUGAGGGCUCAGACUACAUCAAUGCCAGUUUCAUUGAUGGGUACAGGCAACAGAAAGCCUAUAUUGCAACACAGGGACCAUUGGCAGAGACCACGGAGGACUUCUGGAGAAUGCUCUGGGAACACAACUCUACUAUUGUCGUUAUGCUCACCAAGCUUAGGGAAAUGGGCAGGGAAAAAUGCCACCAGUACUGGCCAGCCGAGAGGUCGGCCAGAUACCAGUACUUUGUGGUGGACCCCAUGGCCGAGUAUAACAUGCCCCAGUAUAUCCUGAGAGAGUUCAAAGUGACUGAUGCCAGGGAUGGACAGUCACGGACAGUAAGGCAGUUUCAGUUCACAGACUGGCCUGAACAAGGAGUGCCAAAAUCAGGAGAGGGUUUCAUCGAUUUCAUCGGCCAAGUACAUAAAACAAAAGAGCAGUUCGGCCAAGAUGGUCCAAUCUCGGUCCACUGUAGCGCGGGUGUUGGCAGAACUGGAGUUUUCAUCACCCUCAGCAUUGUGUUGGAACGAAUGAGAUACGAGGGCGUAGUAGACAUCUUUCAGACAGUGAAAAUGCUACGGACACAAAGACCAGCUAUGGUGCAGACAGAGGAUCAAUACCAGUUCUGCUACAGAGCUGGCUUGGAGUACUUGGGAAGCUUUGAUCACUAUGCAACGUAAAAGACCCAGUAUUGGAAGAUAAAAGCAGAGGGCCCUUUGGAAAAAGAAAUCCCAGUGAGCCUCUCUUCUGAGCCAUAAAUUCCUGCUUGAGAAAGUACUCCUUAACUCCUUGCUAACAACUCAUUAAGUGUUGGAUGUGCGACAUGACUUGUCAAAAAAUGAAAAAGAUGAUUCCCGGAGGACCAAGUAUUUCCCAACCCCAAUAAAAACCUUGCCUUGACACAAAGUGAGGGAAUCCUGACUGUUGAAGCAUCAUACGGAAUUACCUUUUCUUUUGCUUCAAGGAUUCAUUUUGGGGCUCAUAAAACUGAAUGAAACCAACACAACAAAAAAGUAAAUGAACAAUAAUGACAUCGUCAGAAAUGCAUCAGUGCUUAUGAACCAUUACGAGAGGCAUCGGAGGCACACAGAAUUGCGGGGUGGAAAAAAACUUGAUGCACAUUGUAAAGAAAAAAAAAAUCUGUUUCACAAUCAAGUACACACAGACAACCCAUCGCAAAAGAAGACAAUGCUUGGUCCACAAGAGCAGGACAGACUCAAAGUAAUAAUGAAUAAAUACCCCUUUUCCUGUCACAAUGUUCAUCAUCUAAAUUUAGGGGGGUGAGGGUAAAGUUAAAAAUGAUCUAUGAAAUAAAUAAAAAUUAUUGAUUUAGUUUUUUAGUACUUUAUGAUACAGCUGAUGUGCUUUUUUUGAACUGUGUGAAUUUCCUUUUUUUACACAAAAUUUAUCGCUUGGGGAAAAAAAGUGAUAAAAACAUAAAUGUUAAAUUUUUUUUAAAGCUGUAGAACUGUUCUAACGUAUGUGCUAUUUUUGCAGAGAAUCUCUUUGCGUUUUUAUUUUAUUCUUUUUGUUUUGUUUUGUUUUGUUCCCCCUCAUUUUGUUGCACUUUGUGCAAAGGACGGAAUUCACACUACCAAAAUGUAACUUUGUACAAGAGUUAUUUUUUGGUCUGGAUUUUUCUGUUUUUGUUUCUGUCCAUGAUCACAUACAUGGUAACUUAAUUACUCCCAUAAGAUAAACUGGGGCUUUGUGGAAUCAACAGGGAUGAGCAAAGUAUGAAGUUGCUGCUACCAAUUAUCUUAGUUCUUCCAUGUUACAACGAUGAUGAGAGAACCUGAUGAAUUGGAUAUGAAUAUAUAAAUAUAUGAUGCAGAUAGACAAAUAUAUGUGACAUAUAUAAGUAUAAAUAUGACACUAUAAAUAUAUUGAUAAAGUACAUAAUUUAUGAGUAAAACAAAUCUAUAAAAUAUGGAUCGUGUUUGAAAGCUUUCAAAUUGAGAGUUGUGUGCUAUGGGGGGAAAUGAAGAUAUUUUUCACUGGAAUGCACAUCAGUAGGACAAAACUGUAUUCUGAUUCAGUGCAUCUUUUCUUGUGCAAUAAAUAUGUGUGUUUUAGAUAGGGUUUUAUGUGGAUAUGUUAUUCACUCAUGACAUAGUACAUUUCCCAGCACCCACGAGCGAUUUGUGGGAGUCAGGUGCCAGUCGAAGCAUCACUGGUGCUAUUUUUUUUUUCUUUCAAGCUCUCAGUUUGUAAUUGGAGGCAGAGGGGAGGUCACACAGCAGCCGCACUCACCGUUCCACACAAUAGGGCAAGGUACAAAGACGUCACUUUCUUGUGGUUCUUUAAAAGCAUUUAACAGUAAAGACAUUUUUCUUUUGUUUUCAUUUUGCAUUUAGAGUGCCUUAUAUUUAUGCCUGUUUUUAUAAUGUUUCAUUUAACAUGUUAAUGUAUCCUUUUGAGUAAUCCAGACAUUUAGUGUAAAUGUAAAGUUUAUUUACCUUUAGUAUUCAUUUGUCACAUGAUGAGAUUAUAUAUGCAAAUAAGAACAUUUCAAAGGUCAUUUUUCAUUUUCAGUGGCCUUAUUGUGGCUGAGUGAAUUAGAAUAAAACUGUUUAUAUAUACAGAGAUACAUCACUGACCUCUACAGAAAACACAUGAGAAACAGCUACAAUAUAUUUAAAAUUUUUAAACUUAAAAAUCAGGGAAGAGAAAGUGGAAUACUGGUCUCAGAACUAAACCGGAUGAAACAGCAGCCCAUCAGUACAUGCCUAGAGGCCCCAACAUGAAGAGCUUUACCAGUUGUAACUUCAAUCGCAUUUGACCACACGGAAUAUUCCGAUUAUUUAAAUGAAUUGGAUGCCUAAAGUGCAGGUCGUCACCGAAGGGUUUCUUCUUCACGCCUUAGGUUUUGACUUGUCACCACAGAGAGCAGACAGAGUCAAAAAUAUCAGUUCUGUUAUCCUGACAAUCCUAAUCGGUGUGUCGUGUCUUUUUUAUUUUGGUGACCUAACAGAGACAGGGGGUUCAGUUUGGUCAUGUUCGGUCUUUCUGUCCAGCAGCGUCUUUAACACCUCCGUCCCCUCUCUGAUGGCUUUGUGGAUGUGCAUUCCAGGUGCUUUCUUUCCCUUGCUAACUCAAGCAGCUAUGUGUUUUGUUUUGUUUCUCAGCUUAACAAAUUACUUUUGUCAUAAUUUUGAGAUAUAAAAGUGCUGUUAUUUAACCUCAUGGUGGCUAAUGUUACUUUAUGUUCAAGAACAUGUUUCUUUUCUCAUCUCCGUUUUUCCUCUUUUUUUUUGUUGAUUUUUCAUAUGCACGGUGAAACAUUGCAGAAAGGCCACAGCUGGCCUGGUAGGAAGACUUGCACUUUCUCUAUCUUUGUACUAUGCACUGCCCUAUUGAUUCUAAACCCAAUAAUAUAUUACUUGAACCCAUCUAUAAAAAUCUCCUUAAACGUUCACUUUGUGUGUAUGUAAAUAACACAAAAAAGGUAUCAACUCUUGAAAAAGACAAAAAAAAAAAAAGUUUGUGGCGAAAAAGAGCAUCCAUUCUGAUGCCAUGGUUACUCCAGCAGAUGACUUCAGAAAAAUCUGUCCCCCAACCAUCUGUUCUUGUGGCUUUGCCAUUCAAGCUUGGAGUGUCAUUAACAGAAAUAAACGUUGUGUUCUCUGCUCUCUCUAUCUAUCUCUCGUCUGGAUGCAUAGACUGAAAAUUAAAUAAUGAAAUUGUAAAAAAAAAUGGCUUGUUAAAAAGAUCAUACAAUUACCUCUGAUUAGUUGUAAGCGUAAACUGUUUCUUUCUCUGAAUGAAAGGAGUGCUUUUUAUUUUCUUACUUAGGUUACAAUGGUGGCGAAAGAAGUCUGUAUGAAAAUCAGUUCUUUGCUGACACAAGUUCCAUUUGUUAUAAAUGAAUUCUAUUAAAAAAUGUCAGUGUUA